GUUUAAAUAUUUUGAUAACUUAAAUCUAGUUUAGAACAAAAAUCUGAAACUUCAUAACCUCGUAAAAUUUAAAACCAGAUGCCAAGGAGCAUUUUAUAAAGUAACCGCGGAAUCUUUUUAACUCAGUUUCCAAACUUAGGUUUUUACGUCCCUUCGCUUCUUAGAUAUAAGCGACUUUGAACCGUUUAUUUUAUCUAUUAAUAAGUUAAUCCUCAUUCAGUAUAUUAUUUAUUUUGUUAAAGACUCGGAUAAUUUCUUACCCGAAAUCUUUUAAUUUUCCCGACCUUCUCGAAGGCUCCCUCACCCAAAGCAGCUCCUACCCCCAUUCCCCUCCUUUCAACAAUGAAUCAAAUUUUUACGUACCCAAGUCUAUCAUGAGUAAAAAAUUUGAAGAAUUUUUUGAUUUAGAAUACAACCCAAGCCUUGAUUAUAUUGGCUCUGGCUCCAAAAUAUCUUCUCAUUUCAAACAACAAGUUGUAAAAAAUCCUACCAAGAUUAUAUAUAAUAAUAACAGUUAUAAAUAUCCCCGGAGCAGCCUUAAUCCUGAUGAUCACGAGUUCAAAUCAAUUGACAACCAAUUUUUUUAUCUUGAAAACCAAAGCUUAUUUAUUAGUACUGAAAAUACACCUCAAAGUUUUAACCUUAGCUUGAGUCCAUAUUCACACCAAAACGGCCUUAUUUACCAUCAAAGUAACUUUAGCUCCAAUUAAAAAGGUCAAAAAUACGAUAUUUCUAAAAAUAAAAAUUAUGACCACCAGUUAAAUCACCUGGUAAACUUUAAAAAAGAUGGUUCGCGUACUCACAACGAACUUCGGUUAGCUAAUCUCAUAACAGGUUGAGCGAAUUGAAAUGCAAAAGGUAGCCUACCCUAGCCAUUUACGAAAAUCAUGAUGAUGCUAUAAGCACCUACGAUUCUAAAUCUUCACAAAUUUUGGAGGAAAAAGGCAACCUAAAUGGCGGGGUUAGUCUCGAUAUGAAAGACCAAAAGAUAUCCAAACCCAACAAGAUAUUUAUACCAGAAAGGCUUUGCGAUGAUCUUUCAAACGAAGUGACUGGUACUGAUUGUAAUCUCGAUUCUCUGAACACAGGUACACACUUCGAUUCCUUAUUUUCCCUUGAAAUAUCCGAUAAUCAUGAGAUCGAUUACGCAUAUCAAUGGGAACAGCAACAACAAACGGAACAUAAUGAAAAGAUCAAAAAAGCUAUCAAAAAAGAAUACCUUAGAAAUUUGUUAUCGAAUUACAACAUGCAAGAUAUGAUUUAUUAUGAACAAGGCCAGAUAAUAAACUCUUCCGAUCCAUGUUCUCCUUCCCGUCUAUCCUUGUUAACCGAAAAAAACCGCAAAAAACUCAGAGAUAAUUUGAAGGAAGAAAAAAUGAGGCGAGAAAAAUUGCUGUCCCUCAAUGAAAUGCUGGCUAAAGAAGUGGCCACCAAGACUAGGCAUAUGAUGAAAAUGACAAAAUUUUAAGAUUAAAUAAAUAUAUAUAAUGACCCCCCCCCUCCUCAUUUCCUUAAUUUAUUGUUAUAUUGAUAUUAUCAUCAUAAUAUCUUCAAAAAUAGAUGUAGAGAUAUUCUGUUAACUUGGCCUACUAACAAUUUAUAUUUGGUACAAAAUUUAAAAUAAAAUCUAUUCUUUAAUUUAAUUAUCUAUUUCUUAAUGUUAAAUAAAUCGAUGGAGACUAUAUCUCUCUUAAUGUUAAAUUUUAAGAAAAUUUUUUGUACAUAACGGGAUUCGAACCCAUGACUUAACGUUUUAAAAGCAAACGUUCUUCCCACUCAGCCACCUUCUAUAUUAAAUUUUGUAAUAUAAUCCUUCUUAUAUAUGUUAUUGUUAUGCAAUUUUAU